AAGAAGAAGACCUGAAGCUUUUUUCGUCUGGCUGUGAGAACAGACGUGUCUGCCGAAACGGGCCCAUGUCUGAAAACCCAGACAGACGCUCCCGUUUGAACAGAAAGGACACAACAAGAGAAAAGGUCGGCCAGGACAGAGCAGGUAACGCAGCAAGAUGGAGUGUGAGUGGAAGCCAGACGAGCAGGGGCUUCAGCAAAUACUACAGCUGCUAAAGGAGUCUCAGUCACCAGACACGUCCACGCAGAGAUCCGUCCAGCAAAGACUGGAGCAGCUGAACCAGUAUCCAGACUUCAACAACUAUCUGAUAUUUGUUUUGACCAAAUUAAAAUCUGAAGAUGAACCGACCCGUUCCCUGAGUGGACUGAUUCUGAAGAACAAUGUGAAGGCUCACUAUCAGAACUUCCCAAACGGAGUGUCUGAUUUCAUCAAGAGCGAAUGCCUCCAAAACAUCGGGGACACGUCUCCCCUCAUUCGAGCCACUGUGGGUAUCCUCAUCACCACCAUCGCCUCCAAAGGAGAGCUGCAAAACUGGCCUGAGCUUCUGCCUAAACUCUGCCUGCUGCUGGACUCUGAGGACUAUAAUACAUGCGAGGGGGCGUUCGGGGCUCUGCAGAAGAUCUGCGAGGACUCUGCUGAGAUCCUGGACAGUGACAUGCUGGAUCGGCCACUGAACAUUAUGAUACCCAAGUUCUUGCAGUUUUUCAAACACAACAGCCCAAAAAUUAGGUCUCAUGCCAUCGCCUGUGUGAACCAGUUCAUCAUCAGCAGGACCCAGGCUCUAAUGCUUCACAUUGACCCGUUCAUUGAGAACCUGUUUGCUCUGGCGACAGACGAGGAGCCAGAAGUGAGGAAGAAUGUUUGCCGAGCUCUCGUCAUGCUGCUUGAGGUCCGCCUGGAUCGUCUCCUGCCUCACAUGCACAACAUCAUAGAGUACAUGCUCCAGAGGACUCGAGACCCAGAUGAGAAUGUCGCCUUGGAGGCCUGUGAGUUCUGGCUGACGCUGGCCGAGCAGCCAGUUUGUAAAGAAGUGCUGUGCGGUCACCUGUCUCAGCUCAUUCCUGUACUUGUCAACGGGAUGAAGUACUCCGAGAUCGACAUUAUCCUGCUCAAGGGAGACAUCGAGGAAGAUGAAGCCGUCCCAGACAACGAGCAAGACAUCAGACCGCGCUUUCACCGCUCUCGCACAGUCGCCCAACAGCAUGAGGGUGAUGGGAUUGAGGAAGACGAUGAUGACGAUGAUGAGAUGGAUGACGACGAUACGAUUUCUGAUUGGAACCUGCGAAAGUGCUCUGCAGCAGCCCUGGAUGUGUUAGCCAAUGUUUUCAGGGAUGAUCUCCUGCUGCACAUUCUUCCACUCCUCAAAGAACUGCUUUUCCAUCCCGACUGGGUAGUGAAAGAGUCGGGCAUCCUGGUGCUGGGGGCUAUAGCUGAAGGUUGCAUGCAGGGCAUGAUCCCAUACCUACCUGAGCUCAUCCCACAUCUCAUCCAGUGCUUGUCUGACAAAAAGGCACUGGUGCGAUCCAUUACCUGCUGGACACUGAGCCGCUAUGCGCACUGGGUGGUCAGCCAGCCCCCGGAUGUUUACCUAAAGCCUCUAAUGACCGAACUGCUGAAACGCAUACUGGAUAGUAACAAGCGCGUGCAGGAAGCUGCGUGCAGUGCCUUUGCCACCCUGGAGGAAGAGGCUUGCACAGAGCUGGUACCUUACCUGGCAUUCAUCCUGGACACGCUGGUGUUUGCUUUCAAUAAGUACCAGCACAAAAACCUGCUCAUUCUGUACGAUGCCAUAGGGACGCUCGCAGAUUCAGUGGGACAUCAUCUUAACAAGCCGGAAUACAUCCAGAUGCUGAUGCCGCCCCUGAUACAGAAAUGGAACCAGCUCAAAGAUGAGGACAAAGAUCUUUUUCCUUUAUUAGAAUGUUUAUCAUCUGUAGCCACAGCCCUUCAAAGUGGCUUUCUUCCCUAUUGUGAGCCGGUUUACCAGCGAUGCGUCAAUCUGGUCCAGAAGACACUCGCCCAGGCUAUGCUUUAUCAGUCACAACCUGAUCAGUAUGAGGCGCCAGACAAAGACUUCAUGAUCGUGGCUCUGGAUCUUCUGAGUGGACUGGCUGAGGGAUUGGGUGGCACCAUUGAGCAGUUGGUUGCUCGCAGCAACAUCCUGACUCUCAUGUAUCAGUGCAUGCAGGACAAAAUGCCUGAGGUGCGUCAGAGCUCUUUUGCUCUGCUUGGGGAUCUCACUAAGGCCUGUUUUCAACAUGUAAAACCCUGCAUCGCUGAUUUUAUGCCCAUACUGGGUACAAAUCUGAACCCAGAGUUAAUAUCUGUGUGCAACAAUGCAACCUGGGCAAUUGGAGAGAUAUCCAUACAAAUGGGGCCUGAAAUGCAGCCAUACAUUGCCAUGGUGCUGCACCAGCUGGUGGAGAUCAUUAACAGACCCAAUACUCCAAAGACUCUGCUGGAAAACACAGCAAUAACAAUUGGUCGUCUUGGUUACGUUUGUCCUCAAGAGGUGGCACCCAUGCUACAGCAGUUUAUAAGACCCUGGUGCACGUCUCUGCGAAAUAUAAGAGACAAUGAGGAGAAAGACUCUGCAUUCAGAGGAAUUUGUACAAUGAUCAGUGUAAAUCCAGGAGGUGUUGUUCAGGACUUUAUAUUCUUCUGUGACGCAGUGGCCUCCUGGGUAAACCCAAAGGAAGAUCUCAGAGAAAUGUUCUACAAGAUCCUUCACGGGUUCAAGAACCAGGUGGGCGAAGAGAACUGGAGGCACUUUUCAGAUCAGUUCCCGCUGCCUUUGAAGGAGCGACUGACUACCUUUUACGGGGUGUAAAGGUUUUCCACAGCACUGUACCUCAUCGCGGGGUCAUUCACCAUGGGAGACAAGAUAGGGAACCAUCCCAGGGAACAUGUUAACCCUUUACAGGGGAGGGAGGGUGCAGACCCCUCCCUGACCUGGAGGAAGGGGUGGGAGGGGUGAUGGUAGCUGCAAGUUCUCAGUGCCCUUAAGCGCUAAGCUGGGGAGGGACAGAAACUGGCAGUUCAACCUUAUCAUGGGAGGAUCUUUAAUUUAACCAUCUCAAUCACAAAUAAUGGACAAUAUCACUUUUAUUUUCUUUGCUUUAAUUCUUCAGAUAUCAUUCAGGAACACAGAAGGUAAAUAUUAGGAGAAACUGAUGAGUCUGUGUGAGAUUUUAGUUCAGGAUAAAUAGAUUUCCUAGACUAAAAAAAUAAAUCUUAAGAUUUUAGGUUGAUUAUCAAGAUGCUUCAUCUCAAAUCAGCUGAUGCUAAGAAAGCAUUUUAUCGAAUCCACUUCUGAAAAAAGUACUUUCAGAACGCUGCAUAUCAUCCAAAGGAAGUAACCUAUUAUUUCAACAUUGAAGCAGGGCGAAUGCCUCCUCAUUCAAUCACCAGGGAGCACAAUUCAAGAGCAGCUUUUCUGGGAUUAGGUAGCAUGCUUAUAAUAUUGUGAAAAGCUGUUGAACAUUAGUGAUGUGUGUUGACAGCCGUCAUUGCCAUUUGAUAAGGUUGUUCUUUGAUUGUGUAAUCUAUAUUUAAAAUACUUUUAAUUUUGUUUUCAACAGCAGUCUGUAACGUAGCAUGGCAGGGUCUACGCUGAGUUUAGGUCGUGUUCAGCUGUGAUGUGACAUUGGAAUGAGUCUCUUGUUUUUUGUGGUGUGAAUGUGACAUUUUUAUUUCAUUUUAUAUUUGUUUUUUAGCGAGCGUAUCAAAUCUUUAUCUGCCUAAAACAGUUUUUUUUUUUUUUUUUAAUGGUGGAAAUUUCCAAAGGAAAAUUGAAGUGGAAGCAGGUUGGCAACCUGUGUUUUGACCUCAGUGAUAUAAAACACGUAUGCUUUGUGACUUUCUGCAAUCAGAACCAAAUAUCCCAUAACAGUGACGAUUUCUCAUUGAAGACGAGGGAGGCUAAACCUCCACUGGACAUUUUUGUUAAAUUAUUGGUAAAAUGUGCAUUGUCAAACUUCAGAAAU